AUGGCUUCGCCGGAGGAAUUUUCCGACGUGAAUCCGGCUGCAUCGCCGCCCGUCGACAAUCGCAAGGCUUUCGCAAAGGCUGAAUAUCCUGAUGCGAGUAAGAGCCCAGGUCAAACUCUUGAUAGAGAUAUUGCUCUUGCGAAGCUAGAACAUGAGAAGAAGCUGUCAUUUAUCAAAGCUUGGGAGGAUCGUGAAAAAGCCAAAGUGGAAAACAAGGCAGAGAAGAAACACUUUAAAGUGACAUCAUGGGAAAACAGCAAGAAAGCAUCUCUAGAAGCCCAGCUCAGAAAAAUUGAGGAGCAACUGGAGAGAAAAAAAGCAGAAUAUGCUGAGAAAAUGAAGAACAAGGAAGCACUCAUUCACAAGCAAGCAGAAGAGAAGAGAGCCAUUGUUGAGGCCAAGAAAGGUGAAUGGCUUUUCAAAACCGAGCAGAUGGCCGACAAAUAUCGCUCGACCGGACACGUUCCCAAGUCCGGUUUGAGAUUCUUUAGGGACUGA